CGCUAAUUACUGGAUCAUGCUGCACAGUGCGUGCGCGGUGUCUAUCAUGCACUGCUGCGUAUAUAAACAGACCUGUCUGGAUUCUUGACCUUGAACACACACAGCCAUGUCCCAGCAACAUCUAGUCCUGACAAAAAUCGACUGGUCAAAAUCGUGGAACGCUGUUCUCGCCUCUUCAUGUUAUGCCCUGACAGAAGUCAACAACUGGACGAUCAGACAUCCUUAUGUCGUAGUUGGAGCGUUAAUAUGCACCCUUGUGAAUCCUUAUAUCCUUGUGACACCAUUGCGGUUCAUGGGGAGAACAGCACGUCACAUAUUUGAGUUCAUCUACUGGUCCUUCAAGGUCUUGGGCAGGUUCAUCCGGUAUAUUUUUGGUUUCCGGAGAGAGGGCGUAGCAGAAGAUUCAUUGGCAUCCCAAUACCAAUCCUAUCAUUAUGGUGGCCAUGUGCCACAGGACUCUCUUUCCGCGGGAUUUCAGUCAUAUGGGGCCGCUGGAGAUUACCUGCACAGACUUGAAGCGGCAUCUGCGGCUGCUGCAGAUGAUCACGAGGACACUGAAAUCUCGACGUUUGCGGGUUCUGUGCGCUGGUUGUCAGGAUUAGGAAUUAAUUUAAUCUUGAGCAGGGCGUGGGGGUGGUGGCAUUUGAUGGGGGUUUAUGUAGUGGUUUACCUGUGUAUUGGGCUCAUCGCGUUUUGGCUUCUACGUAGGCGCGAGGCACAAGCGCAUACAUUACCUAGUACAUCUGCGUGAAAAGUUAAGUUUUGAGACACCUUUUGCUUUAUACCACGACUCACAAGCAUUCUGCUUUCUCGACUUACUGUACUCGUCGUGCUUUUGUUUUCUACUGUACGCACUCAUGGGGGGACUUCAUCAUGAUCCGAAUCUCG